AUGAAGCAUAACGACGAAUAUACGUAUGAAAUAAUUGAAAAUGAAACAGACGCUCUCAUUUGUGCUCAGUUGAUAUCCGAAGAAUUUGUUCGACAUAAUCCAAUAGUAGUUUAUGAUCAAGUUUCAGCUGAAGAGUUUUUCAAUGAACGUUCAUGGCCUUUCAUGAUGGAUGUAUUUGAUGAACGAUUAUCUUUUCUAGCUCGUCAUCGUCAUUCUAAUGAAAUUGUUGGUGCUAUAACAGCUGGUGAUCUAUUUGUACAUAAUCAAAAUCAUCCGUAUGAUGAGUUUGGAAUACCUUCAACUAUACCUCAUCAUGAUUUACUCGCAGAUAUGGCUAAUCAAUUUAUUAAUAAUGAUUUUAAUCAACAAUUGGAACCUUGUUUAGUUUUACAUAUUGGUGUAGGUGCUACACGUGCUCAACAUUCACGCAAAGGUGUAGCUAGUCGACUUCGUCGACUUCUGUGUAAUUAUGCGCGUGAUAUUAAAGGAUUCCAAUAUGCAUUUGUUCAAGUGACAAAUCCAAUUACGAAACAUAUAUACACAAACAAAUUGAACGCACAAAUAGUGCGUAUAAUUGAUCCUACUAGAUGGGCAUGGACGAAGAAGAAUUGUCAAUUAUAUCCGUAUAAAGAUUAUAAGAAUGAACCAUUAUACAAUGUUCUCCUAGAAUUGACAAAAACUGACAAAUUAUAA